AUGUAUGCGGGCAUCCGUGAAUUCAUCCUGGAUUUGCUCACUCAAGCUGCAAAGUGUGAUUUUGGAGAUUUACUGGACAUACAAUUGAAAGAUCGGCUGAUCGCUGGCAUCAACAAUACCGUUUUGCAAAAUGAAACUCUGAAGCUAUCCAAUCCGACGUUCAAAGAUGUGCUCGCUUAUUGUGAACAAUAUCAGGACAGUCGCGCCGCUACUUCAUCCAUGCCGUCCACCAUUGAAUGUACAGCCAUGUUCAAUUCACUCAAGACUAAAUUUACGAAAGCUCAUGCUACAGCCAGACGUUUCAAACCAGUCACACAAUCUAACUCACACAAU